AUGCGGGAAAGAGAGGAGCCGGCGGCCACCUACGUUGCCAUGAAGCUGGAGGAGACGGAGACGGGUGAGAUCGUAGGUCGCAUUCGCAUCACCAAGGAACGCAGUAAGUCAAAGCUGCCAACCUCGUCUGAAGAGCUGAGGCACAAGAUCAAGCUGGAAACGAACACUUUUCUGAUGUUAGCGGCAAAGUUCAGAAGCAAGAUCUGGUUUGAAAACUUGUGCGCAAACGAUUUCAACAAACACGUGGACUUUGUGCUUGGUGAGAAGGUGUAUCGCAUCCAGAUGGCCAGUGCAGAUGGUACCACGACGCAGGCGAUGCAACCAAGCUGGACUUUGGUGUUGGCCUUUGAGCAGAAGUUGCGACAUGAGGCAUACAAGAGGGCGUGCAGAGGUGGCAAGAAAAUAGUUGACACGCUGGAGGAAGUGAGGAGUGAUGCGUCCUUGAAGGAAACACACUUUAUCACGCCCUUGGCCCUGGAGGUGGCGUCGCGCAGCAAAGGAGGAGCGGCCCAACAAGUAUGCAAGGUUCGAGCUCAAUAG